UGCGCUAUUAUUCUGGCACAAUCGUUCUCACAAGCAUCUCCCUCUUGUCAACAAUCUUGCUCACCACGCAGGCCUGUUGUUUCUCCUCCUCUUCUUAUUCUUCAUCUUCUAAGAGGCUGGUAGGAAUUGUGGCUUCCACACCUGGCCUCAGGAAUGUCAUCCAUGCGAAUUACAACCAACUCGACUCAGAGCUGGGUGAAGAGCUGGAGGAGACUCGAACUCAGCCUUCGACGUCUCAGCAGUCCAGCACAGCCACAGAAGACAGCCAGAACAGUAUCACAGCACACAACAUUCGCAGGAUCAUCAACUUCCUUCUGUUCUUGCUCUUCACGAUAGCUUUCUGCGUGGACUACACGGUGUUGCGCAGUGUAGCAUAAUUGAGAAAAUUGGGGAAGAAAGGGAGAAAAGGAAAUAGAGAGGAACAUGGGACUGGAAUGGGAGACAGACAGAUAGUAAGAAGAGUGGGGCAGGGUACAGGGAGGGAGGUAUGAUACAGAGAGCGAGUGAGAGAGACAAAUGCACAUGAAGAC